GAGUGGCGCUGGAGGAGGCGGUCAGGACGCGUGGACCUGAAGCGCCCACGUUGGGACGAAGGGUGCUUGGCUGCCGGACCCAUCACCACCUAGCCCUCCCAGGGCCAUUUCCUCUGGUUCCCGCCUCGGGGCCUCGGUUUCCCCCCCAGCAACGGGGCGGGGCGGGAGCAGCGCUGAUUUCAAAGUCGCCUGCAGGGUGCGCCCAUGAGUGGCGCGGCCGGAGCUGGAGCCUGAGCAGCCGCUGAGACGGUGGGAGCCAGAGCAAGAGGCAGGUACCUCGGAACUCUGAAGCUGAGCGGAACCCGGUCAGAUUCCCCUGGAGAAGUCAUGAUCUCGGGAGAUGCAGAGUCAUCUGUGAGAACGCCUUUGGGGAGCUCUCUCUGGAACCGCUCGUGGCUCUUGUGAAGAAAGGGCUGCGGGGUUUGCGUGGGUGGGACGGCUGGGCUGCAGCUAUGGACCGAGAGCUGGCCCAGGCCCGCAUCUUUGCUGAGCCUGCCCAAGUGUGGCUGCUCCCACCAUGGGCUCCUCGGUGUACAUCACGGUGGAGCUGGCCAUUGCCGUGCUGGCCAUCCUGGGCAACGUGCUCGUGUGUUGGGCCGUCUGGAUCAACAGCAACCUGCAGAAUGUCACCAACUUCUUUGUGGUGUCGCUGGCGGCGGCUGACAUUGCGGUGGGCGUGCUCGCCAUCCCCUUCGCCAUCACCAUCAGCACCGGCUUCUGUGCCGCUUGCCACGGCUGCCUGUUCUUCGCCUGCUUUGUCCUGGUCCUCACGCAGAGUUCCAUCUUCAGCCUCUUGGCGAUUGCCAUCGACCGAUACAUCGCCAUCCGAAUUCCACUCCGGUACAAUGGCUUGGUGACAGGUAUGAGGGCGAAGGGCAUCAUUGCGAUUUGCUGGGUGCUGUCAUUUGCCAUCGGCCUGACCCCCAUGCUGGGCUGGAACAACUGCAGUCAGAGAGACAAGAACUCCACAAAGACCUGCGGCGAGGGCCGGGUGACCUGCCUGUUUGAGGACGUGGUACCCAUGAAUUACAUGGUCUACUACAAUUUCUUUGCUUUCGUGUUACUACCCCUCCUGCUCAUGCUGGCCAUCUACCUACGGAUUUUUCUGGCGGCCCGGAGACAGCUGAAACAGAUGGAGAGCCAACCCCUGCCAGGGGAGCGGACUCGGUCCACGCUGCAGAAGGAGGUCCAUGCUGCCAAGUCCCUGGCUAUCAUUGUGGGCCUCUUUGCUCUCUGCUGGUUACCGCUGCAUAUCAUCAACUGCUUCACCUUCUUCUGCUCCACGUGCCAGCACGCCCCUCCAUGGCUCAUGUACCUGGCCAUCAUCCUGUCCCACAGCAAUUCCGUUGUCAAUCCCUUCAUCUACGCCUACAGGAUCCGGGAGUUCCGCCAGACCUUCCGGAAGAUCAUCCGAACCCACGUCCUGAGGCGGCAGGAACCCUUCCAUGCAGGGGGUUCCAGUGCCUGGACCUUGGGGGCUCAUAGCACUGAGGGAGAGCAGGUCAGCCUCCGCCUCAAUGGCCACCCCAUGGGGGUAUGGGCCAAUGGCAGUGCUCCCCAUUCUGGACGUCGUCCCAAUGGCUACACCCUGGGGCCGGGGAGUGGAGGGAACACCCAAGGGUCUGCUGGGGAUGUGGAGCUUCUUACCCAGAAGCACCAGGAAAGUCAAGAGCACCCUGGCCAAGGGGAUCAUCUGACCCAGGGUAGAGUAGGAACAUCCUCAUGGUCUUCAGAGUUUGACCCUUCCUGAGGGAAAGACGUUUUAAUAUUUUUGGUUGGCUGGACCAAUCUCACUAAGAGAAGAAAUACCACGCUAGGAAACCCAUUGGGCACCUGGCUCCCACUUUAAACUACAAAGAGGGAGCAUCAGGCUGGAGCAGCAUGAAGCCCAGUAAGAAAGGCCUGGGGUGGAAGAAGCGAUGUUUCGUGCUAUAGGGCCUUGGGUUCCGUCGGGGCUGCAGCAGCAGCAUCUUUGAAGGCAGGGCCCAGUUCCCCUGCUCCAGAAGCAUCCAAAAGAGCUGUUUUGUCUCUGUCAAGCAGCUGUGGCUUAGAGGACUGUCCAGGCCUGAUGUCGAGGGUAUGGCUACUUAAGGCCUCCUGCUAUAUAGUACACUACUCUCCCCAGACCGUCUAGGGCUCAGGGAGCUGCUGGCCUAGAAGUGGCACUUGGGCUAUUUUUGUUUUUCAAGAAGAUAACAAUGUGAGGAAACCCUUUCUAUUUUAUGGACUUUCCCUCCCUGGCUGCUGGGUCUGUGGUUGAUCCUGCUGUGACACCCUCCCCCCCCCUCCCAGGGAAUUGCAGAUGGUCCUCUUGGGCUAGCCCAAGCUGCCAUGCACUUAGUCAUAGGGCUAUCUCCAGCUAACAAAGCUGGACUGGAAGACAGCAACUAUGAAGGGCAGGGUGCCAGAGCAUGGACUUAGGUCCCAGGAGAGAGAUUAGAGAUGUCAAGCCAUGGACCCGAGCCUGGGUAGUUCAGAGCUGCCCUGUCCGAGGCCCUGCCUACUGCCUUUCCUUCUGGGGGGACUCGUUUGUUUGUUUGUGGAUUCCCCCCCCCCCGGAGGUAAAAUAAAAUGAGCCAUACUAUGUUUUAAAUUUGCCUGCUAA